CGAGUCAAAAAGAGGUGCUCGACAAGUCAAACGCUACGCGGCGUCAGUUUCACUUUGUUUGUUAAAUGCAUUUUCCGUAGGAAAAUGAGUUAAUUCCCACUUCCGGCGUGUGAUACAUUGCUCCAAUCGACGUUUUCAAGAUUUAUUUCGUCUUUUUUGUUAACCGUGAGAGAUUUUACUGUUUUUGAAACCCCCCCUGGAAAUUCCUUCACACUUGAAAAGUGCAUCAAGAAAAGAUGGAAACCCCGCUGAAGAACAAAGUGCUCACCAAGCUGCAGCAGGGCGAACCGUUCCAGACGCCGGUGGCCGCCGCGGACCGCUCGAGCCGGCACAUUACGAGCGUGACGCGCCUUCCGGCGUCCCCGUUCCUGCAGAAGCUUGGCUUCGGAACCGGCGUCGAGGUGCUGCGGAUCAAGCGAUCGCCGACGAAAAACUCGACCAAAUCGCCGUGGGCCAUCAAGAUGCUGUCGCGGCGGAACAACGCCGAGCAGGCCAGUUUGUUCGGGGACCGGCUGACCGAGGAGGCCAACAUAUUGAAAACCUUGAGCCACCCGAACAUUGUCGGAUAUCGGGGCUUCGACACGCUGGAGGCCGGCAAGGAGUACAUCGCGAUGGAGUACUGCAACACGUCGCUCGGGGACCUGCUGGAGAAGCGGUACAACGACGGGUUGGGACCGCUUGAGGCGCCCAAGAUCCAACGGAUGGCGGUGGACAUUCUGCGGGCGCUCGAUUACCUCCACACGGACGCGCUGAUCCUGCACGGAGACCUCAAGUCGUUCAACGUGCUCGUGAAGGGGGAAUUUGAGGCCUGCAAGCUGUGCGACUUUGGCGUGAGUUUGCCGCUCAACAAGGACGGCUUUCUGGACACGGAGAAGAAGGCGGACGCGCAGUACGUCGGGACGGGCAUUUGGAGCGCGCCGGAGGUGCUCGAGGAGGACGUGUCGCUGAUCAGCUCCAAGGCGGACAUCUUCAGCUUUGGGUUGGUGAUUUACGAGACGAUUUCGCUGCUGCCGCCGCACACGUUCGCCGGCAUGAAGGACGAAAGCAUCGCCAGCUCGGCGGAUUACGCCAUCAUGAAGUCGAUCAUCCGGGGCGGCGGCGGCGCCGCCAACCGCAAGCUAGACGUCAGCGAGGUGAUCGUGCUGGACGACGAGACGGAAGACGAAAAGGACGUUUCGGUGGCAGCAGCGACGACGACCAAGCGAAAGCUUGACGUCGAAUCGGAAUCCACCUCCGAACCAGCCCAGAAGAAGCCCGCGCCAGAACCGGACUCGACCACCGCCGACGGCUCAAUUAUCUCCGUCGCGGACGAAACGAUAGACGAAAGCGCAAUCACCAUCGACGACGACGACGACGAGGACGAGGGCGAUUCCGAAGAGUCGGAGGACGAAAUCGAGGAGGGUGACGAGGGGGACUACCUGGACUAUGGGCGGUUGGGGACGCGGCCGGCCAUCCCGGACGGGAUAAAUCUUUCCGAAGAUUACAACUUUAUUCUGGAGGUGUUUUACGUGUGCACGCAGGAGGACUACGAGGCGAGGCCGUCGGCGCGGUCACUGCUGGAUGCGUGGGAGAAGAGGAAUGCGGGCGCCGAAGGCGCCCAGGAGGAACCGAGUGCAGAUUAGACGGUGGACAAUUCCGAAAAAAGAUGAUUUUUUUAAACGUCCUGAUGAUAUUGUGGGGAAGAAAAAUAUAUUUAAACAAGUUUAAAGUUA